AUGGCGCCAGUAACAACACACGUCCUCGAUGCCUUCGCGGAACACCUCGCCCCGCGCUCGGCAGCACCGGCGGCCGCACCACCGACCAAAACCCUCCCCCUCGCCCUGCGCGAGAUCCUCGCCCGCCAGGUCGUGGUGACGGUAACCCCGACCCCCGAGACCACGCAGGAGAGCGCCUCGAACAGCAGCAACCUCAGCGGCGGCGCCAUCGCGGGCAUCGUCAUCGGCUCCAUCGCCGGCUUCCUCAUCCUCCUCUGGAUCCUCAAGUCCUGCGGCGUGUGGGGCCGCCCCAACACCUGGGGAGACCGGGACGACGACGCCGUCGACCGGAGGUACCGCGGCAGGUCGCCCGGCUCGCGCCACCACAGGAAGCACCGCCACCACGCGCACCACUACCACCACGAGACGUCGAGGUCGAGGAGGCGGCCCUCGUACGAGGUCAACGAGGUCCGGUACUCGCAGCCGGUGGUGUACGAGAAGAGGAGACCCAGCGCCUCGCCGAGGCCGCCGGCCGCCGUGUACCGGUCGAGUCGGAGCAGGACUAGGUACUAG